AUGUUUAGUCCAGGUGGGAGCCAGCUUUUGACUUUUAAAAAUCAAAAACAUUAUUUUAGCCUCAUCUGAUCGGAAGAUUGAUGUUCAUGCGCAUGUUUUGCCCAGUGAGAUUCCAGAUUUCUCCAAGGUGAGUAGUCUCUGAUAUUUCCAGUAUCUUGCUGAUUUAGCAAUUUGGCUAUCCCGGGUUUCUGAGCCUGCAAAAGAGCGGAGAUCCGGAUGGAAAGGCGAACAUGAUGAAAGAUGGAAAACUUUUCCGAGUUGUGACCAAAAACUGUUACGAUGUGGAUGAAAGAGUUCGGGAGAUGGACAAGUGUCAUGUGAAUGUCCAAGCAAUAUCAACAGUUCCGGUCAUGUUCAAUUAUUGGGUGAGAGUUUGAUCAAAUUAUAUUAUACAUGAUUAGAUAUACAUACAUGGCAAGUCUUUGGGCUUGAAUAUCUCAAGUCUAAGUAGUAGUAUUGCUCUGAAAUUUUUAACAGUUUAACUAGAAAGACGUUGUAAUCAUCACGAAAAAUUUUGGCCUCAUUCUUAAAGGCGCAGCUGAGAUAUAGCUAGUUGAACCAAAGCCUCUCAGUAAAUAAUGUUUACCAAAAUUUUCAGGCCAAACCCGAAGACAAUGAGAUUGUAGCCCGUUUUCUCAACGACGAUAUCACUUCUCAAUGCCAGAAAUACCCUGAUCGACUAGUUCCAAUGUCAACUUUACCUCUUCAAAACAUGGACUUGGCGAUAAAGGUAGGAUAA